AUGGAGCACUUGCCUUAUGACAACCUCUGGCUCGACUUCGUAGCGGCCGCAGUCGAGUUUCCGGACAACAUCGCCCUACGAUGUAACACUACUGUCUUCACUUAUCAGCAACUUCGCCGCGUGGUCGAGGUCCGGGCGGCCGUAUUGUCACGCCAGUACGGUUUGGUGUCGGGCUCGAGAGUGCUCCUACUCCUACAACGAGGAGUGUCUUUCGUCGUCACUGCCCUAGCGCUGUGGAACCUCGACUGCACUAUGAUCCCCCUCGAUGCUGACCUCACCCCAGAUAGUAGAGCGCAACAAGUGGCUGAGGAGGGUGACUGUGACCUUUUGAUAGUCACCACUGGUCGGGGUACCAUUGACUUGUCAUCGGUCAACGGCAGAGUCGUUGGGAUCGACGAGCUCGAUCGGUUGGAAGAUUCUGAGGCUAUUGAAAAGGAGUGUGAUGAGAGGUCAGCACCAGCGUACAUAAUGUUCACGAGUGGCUCCUCUGGUCGGCCUAAGGGUGUAGUGGUGUCCCACACUAGUGUCGUCAAUGUGCUAGAGCACUUCGCUGCUGAGCUUGGACCAGACUGGCAUCGGCUGCUGGCGGUGACCACCUUCCAGUUCGACAUCUCCGUAUUGGAGUAUAUGCUGCCACUCACGACGGGCAGGCAGUGCAUCAUCGCAAACACCGAGACGUGUAGGAGUGCACCUAAAAUACUCGACAUGCUCAUUGAGGACUCCAUCGACUUGAUGCACGCUACCCCUACGAUGUGGCAACUGUUGGUAGCUGCUGGGCUGUUGAAGAGGGUCAUGGGGCUCACAGUGGACUGCAGAUCCUCUGUGGGGGCGAGCCCUUCCCAGCCCAUCUAA